UUCAUAAAAGGGGACUACUAUGUGACGUAUGAAGCAACCUCAGUGUGCUAAUUUCCCGGUGUUCUGACUCAAUUGACUCAGCAUUGGCAGCCAUUUUGAAAGGGAAGUCCUACUCAUUUAAGAUAAUAUAUGACUGAAUGACAAAUAAUAUGGCCAUAAAUGUACUUAGCUGAUAUAACUGACGUUCGUCAAUCAUGUUUUGCAGGACAUUGCGUCAUUUCCGUAAACACCUGCCUCCAUUUAGCCUCUAAUUAAACUCACAUGGUCUCCUCGCUGCUGUUUCCAAGCGAGAUGGCUCAGCCUCGCCGCGUACAGCUGACAUCUUUGACCUGUCAAGUUAACUCGGCGGCCACCAGCACGAGAACCACCAUUCUGCCCCCGGAGCCGGCACCGUGUGUCGGGAAAAAAAACACCGGUUCUGGUCCUGGUUCUGGACCAUCAGCGGAGGGUGACACGGGAUCGAUCCGACUCGUCCUUACCUUGUUCGAGCCUGAUGACCACAACUUCCCGGAGUUUAGCUACUCUCAACUGCUGGAGAACAAGAAGAGCCACAGUAUAGAUGAAGUCCAACCUAGGUCCAUAUUCGAAGAGGAGGAGCAGAAGAAGGACCAGUUGGCUGAUAUUGCCAGAAAGAUGGAGGAAAAAUAUGCGGUAAAUAAAAAGCGGGAUCGGGUUCAGGACUUGAUUGAUAUCGGUUACGGUUAUGAUGAUGAAGAUUCCUUCAUCGACAACUCUGAGGCUUACGACGAGUUUGUGCCAUCCUCCAUCACCACCAAAUUUGGAGGCUUCUACGUCAACUCUGGCGUACUUCACUUCCGUGAGGCUUCUGACGCGGAUGACGAGAAAACCCCUGGCACCUCCAAAAAACGUAAACCCAGAGAGGACCUGUCAAACCCAAAGAAGAAAAGCUGUCACAAAGUUUUGGAGGAUAAAAACGAUGCUGAUGCACAUUCAAGUGAAACGUCUGAGAUGGUAGCAGCUGACGAGAUGAUGAUGCUGAUGAAGAAGAAGAAAAAGAAGAAGGGGGCUGGCACGCUGAGCGUCACCAGAAUGCUCAAAAAGUUUCGACGAGAAAAGGAGUUGGAGCGACAGGAAAUGGAAAGAGCUCAUCAAAGCACGGUGGCCCUGCCAGGCACUCCCAGGAUGCCCCUGUGCCCGGCGGACGCGGGCGGCGGCGGGGGCUCGGGAUUGACUGACCCACUGCUCAAUUUGAUCGGAUCCACCAAUGAGCAUGUACUUCUCCAGGCCGCCAGCAGGGUGGACUUUGACAUCGAUCUGGACUGUCUGUUGGAUGUCGGCGAAGAGAUUUCCUCACCACAGUCAACAACUCAGUCUUUAGCAGAAGCACUACCUCCACCCCAGCCCAAAACAGAUGAUCAAAACAAGCCUUGUUCUUCCUCUAAUGCACCUCCAAGCAGAAAGAUGACCCAAACACUUCCUCUUCAGUACGCCGCUCUGCCUGAAGGGCUCCCGCCCCUCCUGGAGGAUAGCAUUAAGAAACUGAUGUUGGUGGCUAAGACCUCUGAGAAUGAGUCCAAACUCAAGUUCUUCACCCCAGAAGUCAACUCUGUCCUGCUGGAUAUAGAUUGUCAGUGUCGUGAGCAUGGCGGACAGUUGCGCUCCAGGGUGUACACACACCUGUCGUCUUUCCUUCCCUGCAGCAAGGAGACACUCUUGAAACGUGUCAAGAAACUCAAACUUGCAGAGAACCUUUCCAAUGUAGAAGAUCCCGUGCAGAAGCUGAAGGAGGCCAUUGAGCGAGCCAUGCCCGAGCAGAUUGCUUGUUUCAAUCAAGAAUAUCAAGAAUAUCAGCAAGUUAGGACUUUAAGGACAACUGAGGAGGCUAAUGACAUCAAGCAAGGUGGCCUGCGGAACAAUGUAGAGGACAAAGGAGUGAAAAGAGGAGGAGGUCCUAAGAAAUUGUUCAAAUGGAAUGAGGAGAUCAGGGAGGGCCUGUGCAAUGUGCUGAAGGGAAAACUGGACAUAUUUAAAAGCAAAAGUGAAGGCAGUCAUCAGCUGGAGGACUACCUCAAGACUUUUUUAGAUAAUGACAUCAAACAUCUUUGGCCUAAAGGCUGGAUGCAGUCCAGUGUGUGUGUUUUCAGGGUACUGAUAAGCGAGAGCAGGAAGAUGUUGGGCCUUCAGCCUUUACCCCCAAUGAGGAGGUCGAGAUCAGAGAAGAAGCUGUCAGUCACUGAUGUGCCAAACACUGGAUCGCUCCCAGUCAAAGUAGAGCCUCAUGAAGUGGUCGAAGCCUCAAAUUCAUCCUAUAUGACAAUGGUCGACGCUUCAAACGCGUCCUGUGUAAAAACGGUGGCCGAUACCGAAGUGAUCAUCUUGGAUUCAGACUCUUUGUCACCGCCGCAGACUGAUAGGCGCCUGCUUAACCUCGAACCAGCGAACAUCCUCACUGACCAGACGCUGGCUUAUAUGCGCCCUCUGGUGCCCAGCCAGGAGCUCUUGGCAGCCGCAGUGGCUAAAUACAAACAUUCUCUGCAGCACUGGACGUUCAGCACAAACAAUGGCAGUCCACCACUCCCUCCGCCGCCUCAGUGCAGCCCAGUCAACUUUCCGGAAGAUGGCUUGUGUCAAGUGGCUCUUCCUCAGCUGCUACAAGACUUCAUGAGGCCUACUGUGAGUACCAGCCCAGAGGUCCAGAUGGGCUCAGAUGAUGUAAUUGUAUAACCACGGACAGAUGGGUGCUGUUUCCAUGGAGAGGAAGGGUCAGCUGCAGUCUGAUAGGCUUGUUUAAAAGUUAUUUACAUAUUAAAGAUAUUGCAUGUUCUAUUAGCUGUUUGUCUUUCCA